AUGAAGUACGCUAUCGUCGCCUUGGCCGCCCUAACCGGUCUCGCCUCAGCUCAGCCGCCCCAGCAGCGCGAUUCCAUUUCGCGACGCGCCGACUUUGACAUAGAAAAAUGGUGCAAGCCCAAAGGACUUAACGGCGACGACUGCUACGCCGAAUCCCUUUGUCUAGCCAUGGCCGCAGGGGACGGGCGCUACGAGGACUGCUACAAAUGGGUCCCAGAGAACUACCGUCGUCGCGACUCCCCUUCGACAUCCGAGAUACUCCCGCAGUGCACCCGCCUUAAGAUUGCCGAAGAAGACUGCUACGCUGAGGCCGUUUGUCGAGAGUCCCUUAGCCUUACGAAGUGUCUCGAUUGGCUCCCUCAAAAGUACCGUCGUCCCGCCCGGCUUACGCCGGCGCCUGCGAGCCGCAAUGACACCGAGACCGCUCCUGUGGGCAAGUGCAUGCUACCAGAGGCCACACUAGAAAUUUGCGGCGGCGACAAAGAGAGGUACUGCGAGGCUAUUACCGCCCAUACCUAUCCCACCGAAGAAGACCGGCAGGCGGCCAAGGACAAGUGCAUCGAGUGGUCUUGA